UGCUGGAAAUGGCAUUAAAUCAUCUGGCUAUUCCUCUGUUAGAAUGUACUUCUACAGUUGACUGCAUGUUAAUGUCGUUGCUCUUAUACCUUCUUUUUCUUCUUUUUCCUCCCUCAUGCAUUGCCUCUCAGCACUGGAAAGCCCUGUUUGAUCAGUUCGACCCUGACAACACCGGCUACAUCAGCACCGACAAGUUCCGCUCCCUCCUCCAGAGGCACGGCUCGGAGCUCGACCCCCACAAGCUGGAGGUGCUGCUGGCCCUGGCUGACAGCAACUCUGAGGGCAGGAUCUGCUACCAGGACUUCGUCAACCUGAUGAGCAACAAGAGGUCGAACAGCUUCCGCCAGGCCAUCCUGCAGGGGAACAGGAGGCUGUGCAGCAAGGCCCUGCUGGAGGAGACGGGGCUGAGCCUCUCGCAGAGGCUGAUCCGCCACGUGGCCUACGAGACCCUGCCGCGCGAGAUCGACCGCAAGUGGUACUACGACAGCUACACCUGCUGCCCCCCGCCCUGGUUCAUGAUCACCAUCACCAUUGUGGAGGUUGCCUUUUUCCUUUACAAUGGAGUGGUGUUGGACAGAUUUGUGCUGCAGGUCAGCCACCCCCUGUACCUGAAGAAUGCACUGUUGUACCAUCCCCAGCUCCGUGCUCAGGCUUGGAGGUACCUAACCUACAUAUUCAUGCAUGCAGGGAUAGAACACCUUGGCCUCAAUGUUGUGCUGCAGCUGUUGGUUGGGGUUCCCCUGGAAAUGGUGCACGGGGCCGCCAGGAUCAGCUUCGUGUACGUGGCGGGAGUUGUGGCAGGGUCCCUGGCGGUGUCGGUGGCUGACAUGAGGGCGCCGGUGGUGGGCUCCUCUGGAGGUGUGUAUGCUCUUGUCUCCGCUCACUUGGCCAAUAUAGUGAUGAACUGGUCGGGGAUGAAGUGCCAGUUCAAGCUGCUGCGGAUGGCUGUCGCCCUCAUCUGCAUGAGCUUUGAGUUCGGGAGAGCCGUGUGGCUGCGGUUCCACCCCUCGGCGUACCCGCCGUGCCCCCACCCCAGCUUCAUGGCCCACCUGGGAGGGGUCAUGGUGGGCAUCACCCUGGGAGUCGUCAUCCUCAGGAACUAUGAGCAGAGACUCCAAGAUCAGACUUUGUGGUGGAUCUUCCUUUCUAUUUAUGUCAUUUUUGUCUUGUUUGCCAUCUUCUGGAACAUUUUUGCCUACAGCCUGCUGGAUCUAAAGCUACCUCCCCCUCCCUGAAACCACGGGACAGACAACUGGAGAGCGGAAAUCAUCUGUCAGCUGCGUGGCAUGAAUGGAGAUGGAGGAUCUAUUUUUGUGUUUAACUUAGGGGAGGAUGAUUCUUCUCAACACAAGUGUGUGCUUGGAGGAGGUGCUUAAGGAUCUCGUGAAAGAAGGGGCUGAUCAGUUUGUCCCCAAAUCCAGCAGGUUCUGCAGUCCUGGCUGGCCGUGCCCUGCGGUUUGUGCCCUGCCCUGGGCACUCCCUGCCUGGGCUGUUGGCACACAGCAACCUUCUGCAGGAGGUAUCUGUAUUUUCCAGGUCAGUGCUGGAAUCAGGGCCAAUUGCAGAGUGAAUCUCCUCGGUGUUGCUGGACACUAAAAGGGAAAAAGAGCAGACAUUUGCUAAUUAGAGACUCACAUGGUACUCACAGGGCAGCUUGAGCCUGGUCUCCAUGGCCACAUCUGACUGUCCAGCCAUUCCAGUGCCACUGUCUGAUUACUUGAAUGGUUCUGAAAGUAUUUCAGCCUGUGGGGAAUCUUGUCUUGCACAGCUUUCAGAGGAAUCAGCAGAACUUGCUCACACAGAGUGAUGGAGACUGGGCUUCAACUGCAGCUCAAAUGAAAUUGCACUACAAACGUUGGGAGUCUUAGAGUGUUGUGGACACCCAGCCAAGGGUGACGUCUGCUGUGCAUGGUUCACUUGAUUUUAAUUAAUUAGUCUCCCCUCCCCAGCCUACUGUGGCAAGAGGGUGUGGCUGGGGUUUCUUUUUUGAGGGAUGAAGAAAAGGAGGGUAAAUGUUCGUUUGUGGUUUUAUCAGAGGACAAUCAGGUGCUGUUCUUUUCUCACUUUGUUUCUGGCCACGCUGACCUAACACCUGGCCUUGCAGUGAGCUCUCUAGCUAGGAUCUCAACUCUUCCUGCAGGUUCUUCCUGGAAAAAUGGGCCCAGGAUCACCUAUAGCAGCCCAGGGUGGGAACUAUCCAGUCUUUACAGCCAUACAAUCCAUCUGGGACCAGGCCCACUGGAGGCAGUGGGGUUCAGUCAGGUUGUGUGCAGCACUGGUUUCCCACAGCAGUGGAAAUGGUGUUGUGGUGCUGCAGUGAUCAUUGUCAGACAGAUAGAACUGUUUUCAAGGUGACUACUGCAUUUUGAGGGUGCCUCUCCCUGAGGCCGUGGCUGUUGAGGAGCUCCAAACAAGAGGUGGUUGCAGUGAUGCCUUUUUUCUUUGCUGGUGGCCAAGGCCAGGCCCAGCAGUGUCCCUGGGCUGUGGCACAGUGCACACAGUUCCUGCAGGGACCUGGGGACCACAGGGGACCAUCUGUGGCACGAGCAGUGCCUGUAGGUACUCCUGUCUGUAAGGUGCUUAAUCUGCUUGUCACUUUAGAGAGCUGCCAAACCACAGUCCAGGAGUGGGGGUACCCUCCUUUUCUCUCCCCUUUACCCACCCACUGGAUGGGCUGGAUAAAGCAGCCAGAAGAGUCUCUCCAGACAAGCUCCUCUUUUCCUUUGUCCCCUUUCCCUGCUGGGGCCCAGGCACAGCCCCCUGAGCCUUCCACAGCUCAUCUCACAGGCCCUGGGGCAGUUGUGUGGCAAAAUGUCUCUGUUGUGGGCUUUAUUCUCCCAGCUGUGUUGUCUGUGCUGCCAUUUGAUCCCAUGAGCUGGUAGGAGUCUGUCCUUCCACAGGGGACAUUCACAAGUGCUUCUCACCUGCCCCCUUCUUUGCCUCCUGUGGGAAAAAUAGCUGUGGUUUGAGGGGUGAAGUUCUGCUCCCACAGGAGAGUCAUUCCUUCCCUCACCUGUUGCCAAGCCUUUCUCAUUGAAGAUGCCUUUAAGCAGAGGUGACCAGGAAUGGGAGUUCCCUUGAAGUUUUAGGAAAACUUCCAAAAUGUUGGUAGAAAAUUCCGAUUGCAAAAGAAAAGCCCUCCAUACUAUUUUGCCAAUACUUUACCGGAGUACAAUAUGCACCAGUUGAUUUUUAAGUUUGGUUUCUCAGAUGAAAGCUGCUUAAUGCCCAUCAGUGUCUCCCCAGUGAAGGUUUCUGUGCCUGCCAGUGUGUGCUCUGGGGUGAAGCAGCAAGGUACAGGUUCAAGAGCCACCAGUGUCUUCAUAAACCUACCCGUGGCCAACAUGCUCUUGGUCUGCUCAGGAGUGGGAGGAGCUGAACAAGGUGAUGCAGACUCCCCUCUCUGGUCCUUUAUCCACGGAUUAAUGGAGUUCACAUGAACUGGAUGGAAACAGCUCUGAGGUUGAGCUUGUGACUUGUUCUUUUAAAGUGUUGUUCGUCUCCCUGACUCCCAUUCUGUGUCCUGAGCAAGUCUACAAAGAGCCCUGGGGACCAGAAAGGGCAGACUUUAGAGCAGUACCAGAUUUAUUGGGAGUGAAGCAACCAAACCCUCUCACACUCCUCCCUCCACACACAGAGCAGGUUGUCUGCUAAGAAUCGAUCAGCCCACGGAGUCAGGAGCAGCACCAAGUGCUUAAGCUUUUAUAAUCAUUGUUUUUAAUCACAAAAAUUACAGUGUGAAAACUUGUUAUGUUUCUCCAGAGCACCGUGAGUUCUGGUUGUGUUGUUUUCUAACACACCCAGGAGUGCCACAGAGCUGGGAGCAGCCAGGCUUUCCUGUCACCUCCAGAUGUCCUUGGAGCUGCUGGCUCGUGUCAGAGCCGCAACAUUCCCCAUCCUGCUCAUUGAUGGUUCCAGCUUGUCCCAGUCAGCAACGUGUUCCUGAAGGAGUGUCCACUGAGGGACUGGUUUUGGUGAUUGCUAUGGUUUUAUUUCAGCUGCUGCCAGGAUUUCACAUCAGUCACAUAAACUGGGAGUUAUUGACCCUCCCGGCUGUGCAGUGCCGGAGCAGAGGGACUGUCACCCACGGCCAGGUUUGAACAGGGCACCUGAGAGGGAGGUAUUUUGUGCUGUGUCCCUGAGCGAGGACACAACACCCAAAAAAACCCCCAAAGCAGCUGUUUCUAUGCAGGGAUUCCCUUGCAGAGAGCACAUUGCGGGUCCGGCAGGGAUGGGGCAGGAGCAGUGCGGUACCCGGAGCCGGGCGGGAUGUGCAGCUUCCAGAGACACCUGCCGGCAGCGCGGGGGCAGCACGGGAUCCGACUGCUCCCUUCCCUAGAACGGGAUCCAACUGCUCCCUUCCCUAGAACGGGAUCCGACUGCUGCCUUCCCCAGCACGGGAUCCUGUCCUGCCUUCCCCGGCACGGGAUGUGGUCCUGCCUUCCCCGGGAUGGGAUGCGGUCCUGCCUUCGCCAGCACGGGAUCCGAUCCUGCCUCUUGUCCAGGACAGGCAGGAGAAGGGGCUCAGGCAGCCGUGGGGAGCAGGAGGAGGAAGGAGGAGAACCAGGUAGAUCAAAGUCCAAAUGGCCCCUUUUGUUCCCACAUGCUUGGAGACAGGUAAAGAUUAAUUUCACACAGGGUGAUAACAGAGGAAGGAGGAGGGAGAGAGUUGUAAUGCAGGGAUGGGAGAGGAGGGAGGUUACCAGGAGCAGUCUCUGAGUGAGGUGUAGCAGAGCCGUAAACUUGCUCAUGAAUUUACUUUGGUGGAGUUCUUAAAACAACAUCUCGUGUCACUGUACCCCCCAUCAGUCGAGGAGGAAUCUUAGCACUUACGUGGCAUAUUGUGAUUUUCCACUACUUGCUCCUUUGGCAGUGGGAAGUAUGUUAUCAACAGGGAAGGGGAGGCUGGAGAAAUUGUUACUAGGAAUAAAGCUCGGGAUUCUGCAUCCCAAGACCUUGCUCCUUCCGCUGGGUUACCCUGCCCGUGUGUUUGAGAUCAGAUUAGACCAUUUCAGUUUGAGCUGGGCUAGGAAGGAUGAACCUGAGACUGCAGAGCUGGCACUAACCUGACUCUCCGUACUCACCUCGAGGCAGCUGCUGCUCUGUGCCAACAUUUCAUCUCCCAGGAUCUCCCGUAGGCAGGACUUUCACACGUUCUCCAGCGAGAAAAGAGCUCAGAGUCUGUUUACAAAGAUUGGAGCUCAGCUCAGUUACUUUGGAACCCCCAUCCUCUGGCUUUUCCCAGGGUGGAACUGGAGAGUGUGGGUGCAGUUCAACACCAGCCUCCCCUGGGGACAGGCUGGGCCCUCUGGAUGCUGCUGCUCUGCAGAGCUCUGGGACACAACUCAGAGAUCCCUCCUGCAGUCACUGAUGCCAAGAGCUGCUUAGGAAGGAAAACAGUACAUUUUGCAGCUCUCUAAAAAAUCAUACCUAAGACAGAAACCAAGCUUGUUUAAGGGUAAAUGUAUUUUUAAUGUCACCAUUAAUCAUUGGCUUUUAAUUGGGAAAAGCUUUCUAAUGAGGUAUUUCUGAAAUGCCAGUAGGAGUACAGGAAAUUUAUGUUUCAGGGUACUUUACAACAGAGAGCACAAAAUAUUCCCUAGGCCUGACUGAAGCAGCAAAAGUCCCUUAUUUUCUGUGAGCUUAAUAGACACGUUGUCACUGAGUCUCUCCUGACUACCCCACAGUGUCUGUUUAGUUUGCAAAUAAAACCAGAUUUAUGCAGCUUUUCUUUUGCUUACACUGCUGAUGCUGACAACACACGUGAGUGUUAAAUACAAAGCACUAAACUAAGUGAUUUUCUGCCUUAAAAUACCGAACAAAUGAUACUUUCCCGCCAAGGGCUUGUAAAACAGAGUGAUACCUGCAAGGUAAGAUGCCAUGGAUGUCUCCAAAUAUUUUUGUAUCGUGUACAUUCUGUAUAUUUUUGUUGUAACAAUAUUAUUUGAGCGCAGAAUCCAUUAAAUUGUUUUUUGGUGUUU